GGCCAAUGGGCGGCGGGGGCGGCGCCGGCCCGAGGGCCCGCUCAGUCCCGCGCGAGGGUCGGCGGCGCAGCCAUGAGCUCCGCGUUCACCGCCGGGCCCGCGUACGGGCUCUCGGCCGAGGUCCGCAGCCGGCUCCUGUCUAAGUACGACCCUCAGAAGGAGGCUGAGCUUCGCAGCUGGAUUGAGGGUCUCACGGGCCUCUCCAUCGGCCCCGACUUCCAGAAGGGUCUGAAGGAUGGGGUCAUCUUAUGCACACUCAUGAACAAGCUGCAGCCGGGCUCUGUCCCCAAGAUCAACCGCUCCAUGCAAAACUGGCACCAGCUAGAAAACCUCUCCAACUCCAUCAAGGCCAUGGUCAGCUAUGGCAUGAGCCCCGUGGACCUGUUCGAGGCCAGCGACCUGUUUGAGAGCGGGAACAUGACCCAGGUCCAGGUGUCUCUGCUGGCACUGGCGGGGAAGGCCAAGACAAAGGGGCUGCAGAGCAGCGUGGACAUCGGAGUGAGGUACGCGGAGCGGCGGCUGCGGAGCUUCGACGACGCCACCAUGAAGGCUGGCCAGUGCAUCAUCGGGCGGCAGAUGGGCACUAACAAAUGCGCCAGCCAGGCAGGCAUGACGGCGUACGGCACCAGGAGGCAUCUCUGUGACCCCAAGAACCACAUCCUGCCACCCAUGGACCACUCCACCAUCAGCCUGCAGAUGGGCACAAACAAGUGUGCCAGCCAGGUGGGCAUGACUGCUCCGGGGACCCGGAGGCACAUCUGCGACGCCAAGCUGGGGACCGACAAGUGGGACCGCUCCUCUGUGUCCCUGCAGAUGGGCUACACACAGGGCGCCAGCCAGAGCGGCCAGGUCUUCGGCCUGGGCCGCCAGAUAUACGACCCCAAGUACUGCCCACCAGGCCCUGUGGCCGAAGGUGCCUCGGUGGGCGCCAGCAGCCGCCCCGAGGCGGCCCCGGAGCGUCCCCCCUACGGCCUGGAGGAGGCUGGCUGCUGAGGCACCAGUGUGCUGGGGCCCCUGCCCGCAGCGGCCCCCCACCUGGGCUUGGGGCUCCUCCGCUUUCUUUUUCUGGGUGUUGCCAGCCGGGGUCAGGCAGCUGGGGGGCCCGGGUGGGGGCCAGGCCUCUUCGCACCCUGCCCGGUCUGUCACAGGACUGAGUUACCAGCUGGGGGAAGGCACCGUGGGUGGGGGUCCUCAGGACGUCAGGAAGCAGAUUUCCUGGUUGGCGGUGGCCUAGCUUUGUGGGGCAGAGACCGGGGCAGUGGGGAAGCCGACCCCAAAUGGCGUCCGGUUUCCUCACUCUUCCCGUCAGCUUGUGGUUUUGUACCCGCGGAACUUUCAGGCACUUUAACAAAGAAAACGUUUUUUCUUUUUCAGGAGAAGAGGGUGGGGAUGGUAGAGGGGAGUGCUCUGAAAUGGGCCUCCUGGGGGAGACCCCGGCCACAGCCCUAAAAUCUUUUAGGCACGUUGAGGGGCCACAUUUCUCUAAGACCCCCAGAACAACAGCCCUGGGUCCUCGCCAGGGGCCCAGCGGAGAAACCGAGGCCCAACAGGACAUUGGAGCUCAGUGGUUGGGGUAAAGCCAGACCCUCUCCCCAAAUCCCCCUCACCCCUGAGGCCCAGCAGGUGUUCAAGACCCCGGCCCCCCAGCUCUUGCCCUUCUGACCCCACCAGCUAGUAUCCCCCCGCCAGGUACUUCGCUCGCUGGACCCCCACCCAAGGGCCCUGGCCUGUGACAAUGUGAAUUGCCAGUGUGGACCAAAAGCAAUAAAAACCUCUGUUU